AAAUGUUGCUAUGGCUUUUGGAUUGAGCCAGUGGUUCAUAUCGUUUGCAAUAUUUUUAAUCGUUCUGACAGUUAUCACUUGGUCCGCGGUACAUCUGGGCAGAAAACAUCAAAAUUCCACGGGUAUUGCUUUGAGAUCCUCUGACAUAGAUGAUUAUUCAACUGAAUGGAAGAAUAAAUCGCUUCAUUCCGCGAUCUCGACGUUGCAAAUAAUAGAGACUACUGCUGACACAUUCGCGAACGAUCAAGGCUCCGAGAUACCAGAUAGUGCGCAAUUUUUCGAAAUAUUGCGAACCUUUUACUCGACCAAGGAUAGCGCUAUAAACAGCACAAAUUUUAAUAUUGUAACAACAACAUUUACACCUUCUGUCGUCACUAACAGUUCAACAUGGAAUGAUGAUACCGUGACUACGCUAUCUAAUAUAUCUGAUAAGACUUUUGUGUUAGAUGAUCGUCGAAACGUUAGCAGAAACUUUACAAUAUUACCAGAUUAUAUUUCGCAAACAGCGAAUCGUAUCUCGACGUUAGCGCAUGACGUGAAGUUAUUUAACGUGGAUAAAUCAGAUUUGAAUCAAUCUGGUAGAACAGAGCUGUCCGGAUUUUCUCGGGAUGCAGGAAACGGAACAUCAAACGCGUUUGUAGCUUUUCCAUUCACACAAGCGUUCUUGUUCGAUGCAAGACAAUCAGAUACAACAGAACGGGCAAAAACAGUACGUGCCAUAUGAAAUGGAAACUUGAGAUCUCGACAAAAACUCUUACAAAGUACUAUGUCACCAUUUUUGCAUUUGUUAGAAAG